CGCGUGGGGCUGGUGGCGGUGGGGAAAGAGGAGGGAGACGGCAAGGCGGCGGUCGUGGUGGCUGUGACGUCGGUGGAUGGGGGAAGAUGUUUUGGGUGAUGACAAGGCGGCGAUUGACUCGUCGGUGCAACGCGGCUGUGGGGGUGUCGGGGAGGCGCGGUCGACAACCAGGCGCGGCUGCGCGGUGGCCAGGCGUGGACAGGGAGAGGGGGAGGGCAGCCUUGGCUCGAGGGAAAAGGCGAUGGAGGUAGAGGUCGGCGCGCGGGCCAGCUAGGCGUCGGCCGCGUGAGGAGGAUGCGACGGUGCGCUCGACGGCGGCAUCGGCACAGCAAGGAGAAGAAUGGCUGGGAGGAAGGAGAGCAAGGGGAGGAAGGGGGGAAGGUGCUCACCUCGCGGCAGUCGGGUAGCGGCACACCGAGCGUGGUCGACGGGCGUCGAGGUACUGCUCGGCUCACGGUUCGUCCUCGCGCGCCAAGUGCUCGAUCACGUCCAUAGAGGGAGUUCACGGGACGACGCGGCGGCCAACCUCAACCCCUUGCCCAACGGAGGCUCGGCUCGUGGCCAGCCGCGGCGGAGCAAGCAGCGAAGCGGCUGCGAAUGCGCUGGGAAUGAGGCGACAGUGGCAGAGCAGGUGCAGGAGAGGAAGACGGAAAUGGAGAGGCGCGGUGGUGCUGGGCUUUGGCGGCGGUUUUAUAGGUUUGUGGCGGUCGUGUCGACAUCGCCACAGGACAAGGCAUUUCAUCGAACACCUUAUGUGCAUUCAUGCUGCGUCGGCUGAGGGAGGCAAAGUAGACUUAUGGUAGGCUGCCUAAGGGAGAGGGAGGCAUGGGCUGGGUUGGCAGAGAAAAGAAUGGAUCAAGUGUAAUAGGAGACUUGGAUGUUUUGCUAGGAAGUUUUGUAAUUUGCUAGGGAGUUGUAAUUUGAUUUGGCUCCGUAUAAUUGGACUGUACAAUGGACUGUAUAAUCGGACAAUGAUUUGUUUGAACUUGUACUGCUGGACCGUUUGUAUCUUUUCGAGGAAUUUUGUAAA